AUGCCUGGAAUUCCCGGCAGGUCCAAAGGCUGCACCACCUGCAGGAGGCGCAAAGUUCUCUGUGAUCAAGAGGUGCCGUCUUGCGCUCGGUGUACCAAGGGCGGAAGAACAUGCGAGGGAUACGAACGCUACCCGGUCUUCCUCAACCGCACUGCACGAGGCCCUGAAAAGCGGCAUAGGCUAGAUGAAGCGAAAUAUGUUACCUUUCCAAGUUCGGAGCAAGCUGUUGUCUCCAUCAACGAUUGGGGCCUGUUCCCCGGAGCCUUAGCAAAUUCAGAAGACGAUCGCAUGCUUUUCCAACUCUCUGCUACGCCAGCCUUUGAGAGCCAAAUCGUAGCCCUCUUUUUCCAGAGAUACUUGCCAGCGGAUGAUUGUGUUCAAGUUGGCUACGCAAAGAGUGAUUGGCUUCAGCAAGCAAUAGGACUCCAGGACCCUGGAGAGGCACUGCACCUAUCCCUCAAAGCCAUAUCUAUGACCACAAUAGGACGCUUGUGUAAGGAUGACAGACUGGCUUUUCAAGGUGCAAAUUUCUAUGGGAGUGCUUUACAACAACUUCGAAAAGCUCUCCAAUCUGAAGUUACAGUAUGGCACGAUGAGACACUUGCAGCCAGCUUCGUCUUGGCACUUUAUGAGCUCUUCGGAACAGAGUCAGCCCUAGCUUCAAUGCAGGCAUGGGAUAGACACAUGUCUGGCUUAGAAGAGCUGAUCUCUAUGCGGGGACCUCAACCUUCGCAUUUCCCCUUUGGGCAGGAGAUGUUGGAAGACAUUCGCUCUUCAAUGAUGCUAUCAUGCCUAGAACACCGCAGGACGUCAGUCCUUGCAGAUGGGAGAUGGCUAGUCGGACCCUGGGAUGAGACUUCAAAUAGUACACAUUCUCGAUUAUUCGAUAAAGGCUUUGCUUUGGCGAGACUACUGCAAGAAUUUGAUAAUGCAAACCUUGCUAGCGUCGGUACCAGCAUCUCGACACUGUCACAUUGCCUACAACUCGCCCUCGAUAUGCAUACCGAUCUAGAAAAAUGGUAUGAGGAAUUCCUUACCAGUUCACCAUCGCCUUCGUAUUGGCCGACACCACCAUCUACCUUUACCAUAGCUCAACGACAAGUCGCGGACUCGGGCCCAGGAGGGCUUCCGUUGCUUUGUUAUCCAAACCUCAUGGUGGCAAGCAAUACCGUCACUCUCUGGGCCCUGAAGCUUGUUCUCAGCAGUGAGAUCGCUACUAUAUGCCAAAUCAUCUUAUUAACCAAUCGCAAAGCUCGUGCCGACUCUACCGCUACAGAUCCUACUGCGUCUCUCAUGCUGACCUCAAUGGCCCAGCGCACAGAGGCCCAACACAGCGAAGAACAACGUAUGACUCUAGCAAGCGAUAUCGCACGCUCGUUGCCUUACUGCCUCAACCGAACCACGGGCCUGCUAGGCCCUAGGAGAGCCUUCUUCGCUUUACGCACAGCAAUGGCUACGAUUCGACGCAGUCCGGGCCCAGAAAUGGAGUGGGGCCGGGCAGCUAUUGCGAGGAUGGAAACCAAGUCAACCCUCCUGGAGCGAUGCAGCUCCAUCCAUACUUCCUUGGGUCUUGCGGAUAUGAGGGACUCGUAA